CAGAUAAGUGAUUCAUCCUUCCAGCUAUAAAACUGAUGCACGUACCAAAUGUUUUCCUUUUGCAAUUCGUUCCUUCUUCAUAAAUGCGGUCGUGUCUGGAGUUUUAUAACAUUGAUCCAGCAUUGUUUUGCAGGCUUGGCCGUCACCAGCUGUCAGAUGUGUCAUGAAAAAGCCACCUGCCUGGUCUUUCCUGGGGAACAUCAGAGGGGCGAUGCCUUUACAGCACAGUUCAGAUGCACCUGUCAAGAGGGCUUCGUUGGCGACGGUCUCACCUGCUACGACCUCAAGAUCUGCGCUGGCGGCUCCUGCUGUCGUCAAGGUUACCGCUGGUCCUCCGAGCUGGGCUGUGUGGACGUGGACGAGUGCUCCUUACCCGAGCCGCCGUGCUCCCCUCCUCAGGUCUGUGAGAACACCCCCGGGUCCUUCCACUGCCAGGGGCCUCCUGGAGACGACCUCCUCUCUGGUCCUCCUUCUGGACCUCCUUCUGGUCCUUAUAACUUCCAGUUUCAGUGUGGGAGCACACGGUGUCCAGUGGGGGAGGACUGUAUCAGUGUUGGGGGGACGUCUCGCUGUGCCGACCCCUGCCAACACUAUACUGCACUGAAGGAAGACUGGCGCUCCACCACCAACAACGGUCAGUAUAAUGGCUUCCACUCCGACCAGUAUGUCAACUGGCAGGGCUGGUAUCGCCUGUUCCUGGGGAACACCAGUGUUCAGAUGCCGGAGAGGUGUGUGGGACAGGACAUGUGUGGUACCACUAAUCCCCUGUGGCUCUCGUCGCCUCACCCCCAGCUGGGAGACGGGGUGGUUCAGGGAUCCAUCUGUGGGAAUAUGUACGGUACCUGCUGCUACUAUAACCAAAACCCCAUCAAUGUCAAAGCCUGCUUCGGAAACUACUAUGUCUACAAAUUUGUCCAGCCGGUAUACAACUCGGCCUACUGUGCAGAUGCCAACUCUACAGUGUGUGCUUCCUGUGGAUUAUUUGAUGCCUGUGUAGAGAACAAUAACACGGGCUGGAGAUGUGUGAAGAAAGUUCCAGAGCUGGUGUGUGGGAGGAGCUUCCUACAGGUGGGCCUUCCUAAAGUUUACCUGGAGGCUGCUGGUCUGGAUCCUUCCUCUGCUCACAUGGCGGACAGCCGCUGUUCUGACAACCAGGAUCAUAAUGGUGUGGUGUGGUACCAGGUGGAGCUCAUGAAGGGACGCUGUGGAAACACUCUGAAGACGAACGGCACAAUUGCUGUCUACUCCAACAGCUUAUUUGUUUAUCCAAUAGAUGGGCGAAAGGACUCCCAACCCUUCGGCUUUCCUUUCUCCUGUGUCUAUCCUCUGGAGACCGAGAGCAGCCUGGAUGUGCCCAUCAUACCAUACUCACCAUCUGAUCAUUUAGUUGUCGGCGUCGGUCCCAAGGCCAGUGCCUCCAUGUCUCUGUAUCGUCAGUCCAACUACACAGACCCCUACCCGGCUGGUAAACUGGUCACCCUGCUUGUGGGGUCCACCCUGCAUGUUGGUGUGUCUGUACAGGAGUCUGAUGCAAAGACUUUUGUUGUCAUUCUGGAGGACUGCUACACCACAGAGUCCCCAAGCUACGAUGCUUUACCAAGGACCUACUUGAUUCAGGACAGGUGUCCUCGUGCCCAGGUGACAGUGGAGGAAAGUGGCUCAUCCCUCAGGGCUAGUUUCUCUGCUCGGUUGCCGGGAAACCAAGUCUACGUCUUUGUGCACUGCAGCCUCAGCCUGUGUGACAAGACAACCUUCCCCUGCUCUCCGGUGUGCUCCAGGAGAAGAUCCCGCUCUGUGUCCUCCUCCACCCCCCUCAAGCCUCUUACCAUCGGACCAAUCACCUGGGUCCAGAGACUGGAGUGAGCUUUAGGAACUCCCUCAGCAUGUUGAAGAAUGGGCACUCCCUGAUCUCCAUCGGACCAGAAUUAACCAAUUAUCUUUCAAGGUCACUGAACCACUUUCACGGAUUAAUGUAAUUAAUUCAUGCAAUUCAGGGUGAUUUCAUUGUGUUGUAUGAACUGUAAUUGUAACUUGUUUUUGAGGAACAAUCAUUCCUUAAAGAGUUGUAGUGUAAAUGCCAACCGAAACUGAGUGGCUGUUUGAAUGCAGUGAAUUUAUGAUGGAAAUAAACAAGUGCAUGAUCUAA